CUCUCUCUCUCUCUCCCUCCUUCCCACUCUCUGUCUCUCUGAGUACAUGGAUGUCUUUCUCAAAGCUAAUCCUUCCUUAGCUGAGUGGUGAAUCUGAAAAAGAUGGAAUAGCUCUAUCAAGAGCCGGUACCCAGUAGUUGUCUUUGGAGACAUUAUCAGAUUAAGCUGAGGUGUCUCCGGUGCAAUUGUUAGCCACAAAUGUUCUCUUCCAGCAACAGUGGCAACCCAUUUCAACAUCUUCCCUCUCUCUUCCACCAAUCUCCUCCCUUCGUUGGCCAUGAAAGCGAUGACAUUUUUCUUCACCACCAUAACGAUUUGCUUGUGGGUCACUUCCCUCCAGCAAACGCUUCUUUGGCCGAAGCAGUAAUUAACAUGGCUGUUUCAAACAAUCCUAUAAUGACAAACCAGGAUGUUGGUAGAAUAAACCAAGACUAUUAUGGUCCUUCGAAUUUUCUCCCUGGUAAGAGAGCUGUCAAGAAAGAUCGGCACAGUAAGAUUACCACCGCAAAAGGCCCAAGAGAAAGAAGAGUGAGAUUGUCCAUCAAAAUUGCGCGCAAGUUCUUUGAUCUCCAAGACAUGCUAGGUUUCGACAAAGCAAGUAGAACCCUAGAAUGGCUGCUCAUGAAGUCCAAAACCGCCAUUAAGGAAGUAGUACGGAUGAAGCAUAGCUGCAACGAAGAAGCCAAGAGUUUGUCUUCCGCUUCUGAAUGCGAAGUAGUGUCCGAGAUGAACGACGCCGCUGAGAGUGGAGAUCCACAGGAAAUACUGUUCAGGAGGAAGUCACCAGGAUGGGUUUCCAAAGAGAAAAAGAUGAAAGAAUCAAACAAAGCUGCAUUUCAUCUUCUUGCAAGGGAGUCAAGGGCAAAGGCCAGAGCAAGGGCAAGGGAAAGGACAAGAGAAAAAAUGUGCACCAGAAGGCUUGAUGAGCUGAAAAAAUUUCCUGAUGCUAACCACCCUAUCUUAAGCCAAUUAAGGUCUUCCAGUCAAUUUCAAACUCAUGAGAAAUUGGGUUCCCAUACCCACAACAUGGCAUCCUCCUUGAAGCUGGUUGGUCAAGUGGAAGAAUCAAGCUCUCGCCCGCUAGCUAAUCACACCCAAAGAGAAGACAUCAUUGAGGAAUCCAUUGUCAUCAAAAGGAAGCUGAAGCCGUCUCCAAUAUUUGCUUGUCCGCAAAACCUCCUAUUUUCUAAAGAUUUAAGCCUCGGAAACAGCAACAGCUAUUUUCCCCACCCACCUCAAAAUUGGGACAUUAAUACUCCCAGCGCACGCUCUAGCUUUUGUGCUAUGACCAACAUGAAUCUAUCAACAGAAUUCCAAGUGUUUGGCAAACCCUGGGAGGCUUACAACAAUCUCAGUCUCCGGUAAA